AUGAUUCGCGGUCUGCAGGCCUACAUUCACGACCGCGGCUUGGCUCAGACCUCGCCGCUGUCAGCACUCAAAGACACGCGUCUAGGCAUCGACCUAUCCUACUACCUCAAGCAGCUCCUUUCCUCGCCUUCCACAUCAGAACCGCUCGUAGCUGCGUUAGGAGGCGCACCUAUCGCCCUCAUUUCCCACAUCGAAAACGAUCUGCGGGCGCUCGAUAAGGCUCGCAUCAAGCCCGUCUUCAUUCUCAACGGUAUCCAGCCCAACAAGCGACAACGUCCCUUCUCAUACGAAGACCCUCGGGUCAAGCAGCGCUCUCGAGCAUGGGAAGCCUACGAGAACGGCCAGGUCGACGUGACUCACUCUUUGCUCUCCGCUAGCAACUCCAUGCAUCACCCGGAUCUGUAUCGCGCUAUCCUUCGCGCUUUCCGACACCGCAACAUCGAGUUCCUUGUCGCUCCAUACCUCGCCUCCGGCCAGCUCGUCUCGAUGGAGCGUCACUCGAAAUCAUACGUGCACGCCAUCUACGGAGCCACAGAGAUUCUUCUCUUUGAGCGUGUCGAACGCCUCAUAACCUCUCUCAAUCUGUCCGAAUCCAACUUCCAAUACGUCAGCAAGCAGGCCAUCUUGGGCGAGUUGAGAUGCAACGAAGAGCAGUUCCUCGAUGUCGGUCUGCUCGCCGGCAGCGAUCUCUGCGCAACUUUCCCUGCUCUACAGGACUCCAGCUUGGGAGCACCACCACCUCACACAGGCGCACCACCCAACUUGCGGCAGAUCAAUGACCUCGUCAAACAGUACAAAGGCGCUUACGGCCUCGUCGCCGCUUUCGAGGGUCACCCCACAGUUCAGAAGAUCAACUACCUUGAUCAGUUCUGCCGAGCGAGAACCACCGUCAAAUUCUGUCUCGUGCUUUCUGCCGAAGAGGGGCGCGUAUUGCCAUUGCCACUUGCGACGCCUCCACCACCACUUUCGGCGGGAUCAGCACCAUCCCACGCUGGGCCCAACGGAGCUCCCGCUGGACCCACAAACGGCGGCGCACCCAUCCUCACAGCAGCAGACAUCCCCGUUGACAUCCACGAAGUCUUCUCACAUCGCCUGCCAGACGAAGUCUUCCUUCACCUCUCCCGGGGUCUUGUCGGUCCCCAAAUCUUGUCCAGCUUGACCUCUGGGCAUGUCACCGAAGCCCCACCACUCGACAACGGUGAGAGCGAAGACUACCGGCGCUACGUCCGCGAGACGCUCACUGAAAUCCCGCAAUCGCCACGCUGCGUCGCCGUCGCGCUCGCCGCCUCAGUCCUCAACGGCUUCUGGUCUUCCCGAAAAAUCACUGGCAUCUAUUACUUCGCGCCCACCGCCGACAACCCCAUCCCUCACGACUCGGCCGCAACCCUCCAGCUCAUCAACCGCGUCAACCAGUGGAACGUCUCGAACCGCUUCAUCGAGGAAGAAUUGCGACGCCAAAACUCAUCCACCAUCGACAUUGCGCUCUGUCUCGGUGCGACCACUUCGGAUCAACUCGCGAGCCGCACCAAGACGCCCCGCAUCAAACUUCCCGAUGGCUCCAUCUCCGCCUUGGAGAAGAAAGACGAGAUUGUAGCCAACACCAUCUGGCGGAUGCUCGAGUUGCGUGGAUUUCUCAACCACGCGCACCUUCAUACGCCGUACGCGCGCGCGCUCUACCUCGCGCUCAAGCAGAGCAAGCUCAACGACAAGUUGCAAGAGCCGCUCUUCCUCGCGCUCGAGCUGCUGCGUGGCGGUGCUUUGCACGCCAACUACUUUGGCGGUCGCGCCUAUUCCGGUGGACCCUCGUACGGCGAUGAGACGGAGAAGAGGCACAUGCUGUUGGUGAUGCGCACGGUUUCGUUGUUGCAAAUGACCUUCAAGCCGAGCUCGUGGACGGCGCCGUUGAGUCGCGAGCUGUUGGUCUUCAACUCGUUUGUCAAGUCGACGACGCGGGCGAUGCGCAAUCUGGUCGAGAUGAUUUCCCUGUCGCUGCUGUUGCGUGGAGAUGCGAGGAGGAACCGCGACGAUUAUCUGGAUAUUUCGCUCUCGCUUCCGUUCCAGACGGAUGUCAAUACGGGGAUGGGUAUUCUGGUGAAAUGCUACCUCGACGGACUGUUGACGUACCGCGGUGGACCGGUGGCGCCCGACCAGGUGGACGAUGCGGAUGUCGUCGAGGCUAAACAGGGCGUUCUGGGCGCGCUGGAGGAUACGUUUGCCAAUGUGAGGGAUAUCAGACAGGAGCUGGGACGAAGCUUUAGGUUCUGGGACGCGGUGCUCGUCGGUAUCGAGACGUUGGAUGCCGAGAACGCGAUCAGCAAGGACGUCGUCAAGCAGUUCAGGGACGCCGAGGCGUGGUUGAGGCCGCUGGCCAAGCUGCCCAAUGUCUAG